AUGGGUACCCCCUCGCAGGGCUCGGCUGCCGUGGCGGCGGCCCGGGUCGACCUCUGCGCGCUCGACCUCAUGCCCGUCUUCGCCAAGGAGAUGAUUGCCGGCGGGGUCGCCGGUGCUUUCUCCAAGACCGCCAUCGCGCCGCUCGAGCGCCUCAAGAUAUUGCUACAGACUAGAACAAAUGAGUUCAGGUCUCUCGGAGUUCUGAAAUCCUUGAAUAAACUGAGAAAACAUGAUGGUGUCUUGGGAUUUUACAAGGGAAAUGGUGCCAGUGUGUUAAGAAUUGUUCCUUAUGCUGCAUUACAUUAUAUGGCGUAUGAGCGAUACAGGUGUUGGAUCUUGGGUAACUGCCCUACACUUGGCACAGGACCUGUGGUAGAUCUUUUAGCAGGCUCAGCAUCAGGCGGGACUGCAGUCUUGUGCACUUAUCCCUUGGACUUGGCUAGGACCAAGCUUGCAUUCCAGGUUAAUAACACAGAUCAACCUAGCAAUGGUUUGAAAAGGCCAAUUGCUCCACCAUCAUAUGGAGGAAUAAAAGAUGUCUUCAGAGGUGUUUACUCAGAAGGUGGAGUGCGAGCGCUCUAUCGUGGAGUAGGUCCAACGCUAAUGGGAAUACUUCCCUAUGCUGGUCUUAAAUUCUACAUAUAUGAAGGGUUGAAGGCACACGUACCUGAAGAUUACAAAAAUUCUGUCACUUUAAAACUAUCCUGUGGUGCCGCAGCUGGUUUAUUUGGACAAACUUUAACCUACCCACUAGAUGUAGUCAGGAGACAAAUGCAGGUUCAAAGUCAUCUGCAGCAUGAUCAGUCUGGUGGCCCACGAAUAACAGGUACAUUCCAGGGGCUUAAGAUCAUCAAACAAACACAGGGAUGGAGACAAUUAUUUGCUGGUCUGAGCCUCAAUUAUAUCAAGGUGGUACCCUCGGUGGCUAUUGGUUUCACCGCAUACGACACAAUGAAGCAUUUGCUGAAGAUACCUCCGAGAGAGAGCAUAAAGCCUGAGUGGAAUGUUAAAGCAGUUAUACAUCUGAAAACAAAAAACGCAAUUAACUGGACCUCUUCAGGGAAGACCGGCUGCCGCCUUUGUGGUCUCUGA